AUGUUAUUUUGUGUUCAUUGUUCUUGGCAUCAUCGCUCUCUUGCUCUGAGCAGCAUCAACCUCGAAGAAAUAAGAAACGAAAAUAUUAAUUUGGAACGGAUUCCGAUCGAAGAAGUGUUUGAGCAGCUGAAAUGCUUGAGAAAAGGUCUUUCAUCAGAGGAAGAAUCCAACAGGCUUGAAGUCUUUGGACCAAACAAGCUGGAAGAGGUGGAAGAUGACAAGCUUUUGAAGUUUCUGGGAUUUAUGUGGAACCCUUUGUCAUGGGUUAUGGAAGCUGCUGCUAUCAUGGCCAUUGCUUUGGCUAGUGGAGGUGGAAAGCCUCCAGAUUGGCAAGAUUUUGUUGGAAUCGUUGUUCUCUUGGUCAUCAACUUAACUAUCAGUUUCAUCGAAGAAAACAAUGCCGGUAACGCGAUCGCCGCUCUUAUGGAUGGUUUAGCUCCCAAGGCCAAGGUUAUAUUUAUUUACUCUUCUCUUCUGUUCUUAUUCUAG